AUGAGGAAAGUUUUUAUUUAAAUAAAGAAGGAAUUACUCAAAUUUAAUGAGUUAAUUCGAUCCCUAGCCAUCUUGGCAUUAGUAGUUACAAUAACAACUGCUAAGUUCAUUGACAUUCAUACAACAUUGGCUCAAAUUAAUGCUAAUCCAUUCGGAAAUGUGGUGUUAUCUGCAAUUAAGGCUCAUCUUUAAGCCUAGACUCCAGCCAAUGAAGUUAACAUGUUGUUGAAUGCUGUAGAUGCUGGUAUUGUUUAAGACUAAAAUGAUCACGAUCAUGCUUUUGAGUUGGAUACAACAACUAACAAUAGAAUAGUAGAAGACUUAGACAAAGAAAUCUUGUAUCAUUAGAAUUAAAUAGCAGCGAACACAUAAUUGAGAGACGACACAAUUGAAUCACUUGCUGUUUCUGAAGAAGAUAUCAGAGUUACUAUUCAAGAUAUUGCAAACAUUGAAGCCACUUAUGCCAGGGAAGAAACCACAAGAAAUCAACAACACGAAACUUUUAUUGCUAAAACUACUGCUAUUGAUGAUGUUAUUGAUGCUAUCGAUGACGCUGCUAAACUUAUCUAACAUUUAAGUUUAGGUGCUUCAUUUGCUUAAAUAAAGACUAAAUUCGACUCACUCCAUAAGAAGUUAUUAGAUAACACAUCACAUACUGCUCUCUUACAACCCGUCAUCACAGCUUUGACUGAACUUGCUACUCAUGGUGUCAACUAAAAAGCUUUGACUAAAAUUGCCCAACUUUUGAGCGAAAUCAGAUAAUAAUUAGUCUAAGAGAAAGCAGCUAAGACAGAUGUUGAAGAAAGAUAAGCUGCCCACUGGGCUGAAUUUUCAGUUCAUCUAGCUAAUGAACAUACGAGAUUAGGCGAAAGAAAAGCAUAAUUAGAAGUCUAAAUAUAAGAAUAAAAGGAUACUAUAGAAGAUGCUAUCUCAUGGAUAGAAUUCCAAACUUUGGAAUUAGAAAAUAGUGAAGAAAGACUUGCUGGAUAAUAAACAUGGUUUGCUGUCUAAUCCCAAAUAUAUGAAACUUAAACUGCUGAACGAACUGCUUAAUAAGAAAUUAUUGACAGACUCUAAGAACAUAUUAGUGAAAAAUUGUCAACUACUGCUUAAUUUAUUGCAAGCAGAAACUGA